AUGUCGACUAUGCAGGGUCUUCUCAAGAAGAUCGUCAAGAACGAGGCGAUGCAGAACGACCCCGCCGAGAUCUACGGCUGGAGAGUGUUCGCGCUCGCCGCAUCCGCCUGUUUCGGUGCCAUGUCCUUCGGUUGGGACAGUUCCGUCAUUGGUGGUGUCGUUGUCAUGAAGCCAUUCAUGAAUGACUACGGUUUGGAGAACGCAUCCAAGGUCGACACCGCCAACCUGACGGGCAACAUCGUCUCUACCCUCCAAGCCGGUUGCUUGGUGGGUGCCCUCGCCGCCGCCCAGCUCACCGAUAAGUUCGGUCGCAAGUGGUGUCUCGUCUCUGUUGCCGCCGUCAUCCUCGUCGGUGUUGCCAUGCAAGCUGCUUCUCUCGGUAAACUCGCUCCCAUCUUCGUCGGUCGCUUCAUCUCCGGUCUCGGUGUCGGCGCUGCCUCCAGUAUCAACCCGCUUUACGUCUCUGAAAACGCCCCUCGUGCAAUCCGUGGUCUUUUGACCGGAAUGUACCAACUCUUCAUCGUCACUGGUGGAAUGAUUGCUUUCUGGAUCAACUACGGUGCCGAGGUCAACCUCAGCGGCAAGAGUCAAUACGUUUUCCCCCUAGCCAUCCAAGGCCUGCCAAGUCUUUUGCUGCUCGUCUGCAUGCUCUUCUGCAAUGAGUCUCCUAGAUGGCUUGCCCGCAAGGAUAGGUGGGAGGAGUCCAAGAAGAUCCUGUCGGUGCUCCGUAACCUGCCCGAGACACACCCUUACCUCGAGCAAGAAUUCCAAGAGAUCGUCGACCAGCUGCAGCACGAGAGAGAGCUCAUCGGCGAGGCUACCUUCAUGAACAUGCAGAAGGAGAUGUGGACCAUCAAGGGCAACCGAAACCGCGCUCUCAUUUCCAUCUUCUUGAUGAUCUGCCAGCAAAUGACCGGUACCAACGCCAUCAACACUUACGCCCCGACUAUCUUCAAGGGCCUCGGCAUCUCUGGCCGCUCCACUCCUCUUCUGUCCACUGGUGUCUACGGUAUUGUCAAGGUCUUGGCUUGCAUCUGCUUCCUCCUCUUCAUGGCCGACUCUUUGGGUCGUCGUCGCUCACUGCUCUGGACGUCCAUUGCCCAAGGUCUCUGUAUGUUCUACAUUGGUCUCUACGUCCGCAUCUCCCCGCCUAUCGAGGGAGAACCGGUCCCGGGUGCCGGAUACAUGGCACUGGUGGCUAUCUUCCUCUUCGCUGCAUUCUUCCAAUUUGGUUGGGGUCCUGCCUGCUGGAUUUACGCCUCUGAAAUCCCCACUGCUCGUCUUCGUUCCCUCAACGUCGCCCUCGCUGCUGCCACCCAGUGGCUGUUCAACCUGAUCGUCUCCCGCACUGUCCCCAACAUGUUGGCCACCGCGGGCUCUCACGGUUACGGAACCUACCUUAUCUUCGGCAGCUUCUGUUUCUCCAUGUUCUUCUUCGUCUGGUUCUUCGUCCCCGAGACCAAGGGUGUCUCCCUCGAGCACAUGGACAAGCUCUUUGGUGUCACCGACUACGACACAGACAAGAACCUCGUCCACGACAACGCCAGCGACACCAAGGUGCCCGCCCAGGUCCAGAUCGAGACGACCAACACCAACGACCCGUACAACCACGUCCGCAAGGAGUCUGCUUAG